GAGUCUCCGGGCUGUCCCCUCCCGGGGAGGCGAUCCUUCCUCCGGAGCCCCUCGCAACCCUCCCGGAAGUAGGGGAGGGGCUCUAGGGGUCCCGAAGCGGGCCCACCCCUAGCCUCACCCACUCCGGGCGUGUGGUCGUGGGCCGGUCGCUUCCUCGCUCGGAGCCAAAGUUCCUCAGCCGUGAAGAGGGGCGGAUGUCACAAGUCAAGCCUCCUUCCCAGGGUGGCCAUGAGGACCAGGGAUGCCGUGCUGCUCUCCCAUGAACCAGUCCCUGAGUCUGUCUGCUGCAGCCCUUUCUGAACCUCUGACUGUCUGGAUGCUCCACUGUGCUCCUUGCCAAGAUGAAGUGCGUCUUGGUGGCCACUGAGAGUGCAGAGGUCCUCUUCUACUGGACAGAUGAGGAGUUUGAAGAGAGUCUCCGGCUGAAGUUCGGGCAGUCAGAGAAUGAGGAAGAAGAGCUCCCUGCCCUGGAGGACCAGCUCAGCACCCUCCUAGCCCCGGUCAUCAUAUCCUCCAUGACGAUGCUGGAGAAGCUCUCAGACACCUACACCUGCUUCUCCACAGAAAACGGCAACUCCCUAUAUGUCCUUCACCUGUUUGGAGAAUGCCUGUUCAUUGCCAUCAAUGGCGACCACACUGAGAGCGAGGGCGACCUGCGGCGGAAGCUAUACGUGCUCAAGUACCUGUUCGAAGUGCACUUCGGGCUGGUGACUGUGGACGGUCAGCUUAUCCGAAAGGAGCUGCGGCCCCCAGACCUGGGGCAGCGUGUCCAGCUGUGGGAGCACUUCCAGAGCCUGCUGUGGACCUACAGCCACCUGCGGGAGCAGGAGCAGUGCUUCGCCGUGGAGGCCUUGGAGCGGCUGAUUCACCCCCAGCUCUGUGAGCUGUGCAUAGAGGCACUGGAGCGGCACGUCAUCCAGGCUAUCAACACCAGCCCAGAGCGGGGCGGCGAGGAGGCCCUGCAUGCCUUCCUGCUCGUGCAUUCCAAGCUGCUGGCAUUCUACUCUAGCCACAGUGCCAGCUCCCUGCGCCCGGCCGACCUGCUCGUCCUCAUCCUCCUGGUUCAGGACCUCUACCCCAGCGAGAGCACAGUGGAGGAUGACACUCAGCCUUCCCCACGGAGGGUCCGGAGCAGCCAGAACAUCCCCGUGCAGCAGGCAUGGAGCCCUCACUCCACAGGCCCAACCAGGGGGAGCUCCGCAGAGACGGAGACAGACAGCUUCUCCCUCCCUGAGGAGUACUUCACACCAGCUCCUUCCCCUGGUGAUCAGAGCUCAGGUAGCACCAUCUGGCUGGAGGGGGGCACCCCACCCAUGGAAGCCCUUCAGAUAGCGGAGGACACCCUCCAAACGCUGGUUCCCCACUGCCCUGCGCCUUCCAGCCCUAGAAGGAUCUUCCUGGAUGCCAACGUGAAGGAAAGCUACUGCCCCCUAGUGCCCCACACCAUGUACUGCCUGCCCCUGUGGCCGGGCAUCAACCUGGUGCUCCUGACCAGGAGCCCCAGCGCGCCCCUGGCCCUGGUCCUGUCCCAGCUGAUGGAUGGCUUCGCCAUGCUGGAGAAGAAGCUAAAGGAAGGGCCGGAGGCCGGGGCCUCCCUGCGCUCCCAGCCCCUUGUGGGAGACCUGCGCCAGAGGAUGGACAAGUUUGUCAAGAAUCGAGGGGCACAGGAGAUUCAGAGCACCUGGCUGGAGUUUAAGGCCAAGGCUUUCUCCAAAAGUGAGCCUGGAUCCUCCUCCGAGCUGCUCCAGGCAUGUGGGAAGCUGAAGCGGCAGCUCUGUGCCAUCUACCGGCUGAACUUCCUGACCACAGCCCCCAGCAGGGGAGGCCCACACCUGCCUCAGCACCUGCAGGACCAAGUGCAGAGGCUCAUGCGGGAGAAGCUGAUGGACUGGAAGGACUUCUUGCUGGUGAAGAGCAGGAGGAACAUCACCAUGGUGUCCUACCUAGAAGACUUCCCAAGCUUGGUGCACUUCAUCUACGUGGACCGCACAACCGGGCAGAUGGUUGCGCCUUCCCUCAACUGCAGUGAAAAGACCUCGUCGGAGUUGGGCAAGGGGCCUCUGGCUGCCUUUGUCAAAACCAAGGUCUGGUCUCUGAUCCAGCUGGCGCGCAGGUACCUGCAGAAGGGCUACACCACACUGCUGUUCCAGGAGGGGGAUUUCUACUGCUCCUACUUCCUGUGGUUCGAGAAUGACAUGGGGUACAAACUUCAGAUGAUCGAGGUGCCCGUCCUCUCCGAUGACUCGGUGCCUAUUGGCAUGCUGGGAGGAGACUACUACAGGAAGCUCCUGCGCUACUACAGCAAGAACCGCCCGGCCGAGGCUGUCAGGUGCUACGAGCUGCUGGCCCUGCACCUGUCUGUCAUCCCCACUGACCUGCUGGUGCAGCAGGCCGGCCAGCUGGCCCGGCGCCUCUGGGAGGCCUCCCGUAUCCCCCUGCUCUAGGCCAAGGUGGCUGCAGUCUGCCUUUUCACCCCGUCCUCCAGCUGCUCUUGCUUGCCACUGUUCCCCAUGGCAAGAGCCUGCUGUCUGCAGUGGCCAUCCUGAGGAUGGGGCAGAGUGCCGAGGGUGGCCCCAGGGUUUCUAAAACCCCACCUAGACCACCCUCCAUGUGGGGUACUGUGCAAGGCCCCAGAUCCUUCUCUCCUCCCAGGGGCCCAGUUUGUCUUCGUAAAACAAAAGUGGCAGCAGCUCCUCUUCUAGAGCUGCUUCUGCCUUUAUCCUGGGAGAUGGGGAGGAAGCCCCAUCUCUGCUGUUCCCUGAGUGGAGGAAGCCCCCCCCGGCAAGCUCUCUCCUUUGCCUGGGUUUGAAUUCCAGCCCUGCCACUUCCUCUCUGCAUCUCCUGGAAAGUUUCUUCUAUUCCCCACAUUUAAAGCGAUGGCACCUCCGUCCCAGGGUGGUGUGAGGAUUACCCAAUGCGGUAGGUGCUCAAUAAAUAUUGGUCAUUGUUAUCACUGAAGCUCAACACGCUUGUGCUUCUAGACCCUUCUGUUGUGCCGAUAAGCCCUUGCUAAGUCCCAGCCCCUUCACGCUCAGCUGGCGUCUGCCCUGGGGCUGGGGUUCUCAAGCCCCUGGCCCUGGCCCAGAGAUACGGAUUCGCUUGGCGGCCGUGGAGCCCAGGCUUUGAUGUCUUUCAAAGCUUCCGUGGUGCGCCCUGGAUUAAGAACCACCACCCAAGGAGUACAGCCCCUCUCUUCCAACCGAGAAGUUCCUGUCCGAGAAUGGACCCAAGGACAAGAGAUCCUGAGAGCCCUGGGACUGGGAGCAUCUGCUCCUCUGAGGCCAGGAGGCUGGUGCUGGUCCAGAGAGGGCGGCGUGGCAGAAAUCAGCGUCUACCGCAGCACAGGAACAGAUGGCCCUGUGCUGUGCAUGUGGGAGCCGCGCCUUCUGUGUCUUCAGUCUUGAGCCAAAAUUUGCACAGACUGGUCUCUCCCUUGCAGGGGACAGCUUAGGGGAGGCGUUGGGGGAGCUCGAACCCACACGUUGGUCUAAGCCCGGAGAAGGAGGCAGUGAGGAAGUGUCCCCUCAGGUGACUGGAUCUGUGUUCCUCCUUAUCAUCAUCUGAUGGAAUGGCAAUGAAAAGCAUGGAUUGUGGAAAAUACAGAAAAGCAUAAAGGAAAAAACUCCAAUCCUCUGAGCCCACCAGUGUUCAGGACACCCGCUUUUGUCGCCUACUAUUUCCCUUUAGUUUUUAGCAGUGGCUGGAUGUGAUACGUCUAGUUUAACCAGUCCCCUUGAUCUUUCUAUAUAAUAAAUAACACAGGGGUG